AUGAGGACGCUGACUUCCGAGCGCGUUAGGGAGUCUGUGUUUGUUGAGGAUGUGGCCAUGGUCUUCACCCAGGAAGAAUGGGACCUGCUGGAUGUCGCUCAGCGGAAACUCUACCGAGAUGUCAUGUUGGAAACCCUGGGGAACCUGGCCUCCGUAGGUAAGAACGGAAGUUUCCUUCGUGCUGGGCUUUCCCAGAAGCACUGGCUUCACGGUGCCCUGAGAGAGUUUCAGCGUGGGAGCUUAACUUACAGUGUGGAGAACGUGUGUGAGGGUAAUGCAGGCAAGCUUUCGCAGUGUGAGGAGACGUUCAUCCAGAUCCCAGACGUCACGGUGACCAGCAGUAGUCCUGCAGAAACGGAACCGUUCGAGUGCUACAAGUUUGGAGAACCCUUCGUGGGGCCUUCCUCGUAUUACCAUCAGGUCUCACCUUACACGGGAUAUGCCUGUGAGUAUAAGGAGUGUGGAGACGCCUGCGGUUACCCCAAUAACCCUCUCCCCACUUCUCUGAGAACCCUGAGACCUCAGGAACCCCCCCAGGAAGAGACAGUGUGUGGGAAGGACUUGGGUUGUUUGCCGACCUUUAAGGAUCCCAUGACCGCACAGACCGGUGAGAAAUGCUAUGAAUGUAACAAAUGUGGGGAAGGCUUCUGCAGUUUCUUCUCGUUCUGGACACACGUAGUCGGGAACGAGUGUGAAUACGAAGAGAGCUACAAGUCAUACAGUUGUCCUCCGUCCCUGAUUCUACGUAACUCGUUUCCUAACCGAGGGAAGGCUUACGUCUGUAAGGAAUGUGGGAAAGUCUUCAGUUACUCCUCUUCCCUGACCGUCCAUCUGCGGACUCACAGCGGGGAGAGACCUUACAAGUGUAACGAAUGUGGGAAAGCCUUCACUCAGUCCUCAAAGCUGAUUAUCCACGUCAGGAUUCACCGUGGAGAGAAGCCUUACGAUUGUACCAUAUGUGGGAAAGCUUUCAGGUGUUCCUCCGCCCUCACUAAGCAUAUAAGAAGACACAGUGGGGUGAGGCCUGUGGAAUGUACGGAAUGUUGGAAAGCCUUCAGUGACUCUUCGGCCCUCACUAAGCAUAGAAUCAUCCACAGCGGAGAUCGCCCUUUUCAGUGUAGCGAUUGUGGGAAAGCUUUCAGUCGCUUCUCAACCCUGACUGAACAUAUGAGAACUCACAGUGGGGAGAAACCGUAUGAGUGUCCGGAAUGUGGGAAAGCCUUCAGGUGUUCCUCCGGCCUCACCAAACACAGAAGGAGCCAUAGCGGAGAGAGGCCUUUUGAAUGUCAGGAGUGUGGGAAAGCCUUCAGCGUUUCCUCAGUCCUCACUAAGCAUAGACGAACUCACAGUGGAGAGAGGCCUUAUGAAUGUCAGGAGUGCCAGAAAGCUUUUAUAAGUUCCUCUUCCCUCACGGAACAUAGAAGGACGCACACUGGGGACCGGCCGUAUGAGUGUCAGGAGUGUGGGAAAGCGUUCAGACGUUCUUCACACCUUACCGCUCAUAGAAGAACUCACAGUGGAGAGAAACCUUACAAAUGCAACCUGUGUACUAAAACCUUCAGCCGUUCCUAUUCCCUGUCUCUACACAAACGAAAUCACAGCGGAGAUAGGCCUUUUGUAUGUCAGGUAUGUGGGAAAACCUAUAAUCGUCCUUCAGACCUCGCUAAACAUAGUAGAAAUCACAGUGACAGCAUUCCUUAA